GCAGAAUCAUUUUCACACCUCCACCAUGGACGAAGAAUUGUUGCUGAGAGACUGGACUAUUCUCGAACUCUUCCUAUUUCAACUGUCAAACAUACUUAUACGGAAGAACUUAGCUGCUUUCGGAUAAAUGCGGAUGAUCACUGUGCAAGUCUAUUUCCUGAAUUUGAGUGCAAGUUUAUGAAUGCAGGUCGAGAUGUUUUAUGGAAUGGAGCAGAAUCAACUCCGAUGAAUUUGCAGAUACAAAUUGUUAAGGCUCUGAAAUUGGGUAAAAGAGGCGAAGCCUCCAAUCUUCUUUUGAGUCUAGGCCAGGGAAAUGACAUCAAAGGAGCUGAUGAUUUCGUGCAUAUUCUACAGUACUGUGCCACGUCACCUGAUCCUUUGUUUGUCAUGGAAGCUUGGACAAUAAUGGAUGAGAAAGAGAUUAGUCUGAAUAGCCUUUGCUCCGCGCUUAUGGUGGAAGCUCUAUGUAAUGGAGGAUACUUGGAGGAGGCAUUAAAAUUGAUAAAUUUUCUUAAAGAAAGUCAUGGUAUCUAUCCGGUUCUACAUGUCUACAACACUUUUUUGAAAGCUUGUACCAAAAUGCAAAGUAUGGUUUAUGCCAAUCAGUGUUUGGAAUUGAUGGAGCGACAAAAGGUGGGGAAGAAUGAAGUUACAUAUGCACUGCUUCUCAAGCUUGCAGUUUGGCAACAAAACCUGUCUGUAGCCCAUGAACUUUGGAAGGACUAUAUCAAACACUACAGUCUGAGCAUUAUCCCUCUGCAAAAGUUUCUUUUGUCCUUUAGUAAGUUGGGAGAUUUAAAAUCUGCAUGCAAGACAUUGCAAUAUAUGGUGGCUUUAGUCAUCAGGGGAAAGGCUUCUGUUAAUAAAUCUAUUAAGGGAAAGUUGUAUUCUUCAAGAUUGGACAUUCCUAUACCUUUGAACUGUGAAUUAGGCUUGAAGAAACUUAAUUUGGAGGAGAAUGAACAGUCUAUCUCUUCCAGAUACUGCGAGAAUUUGGAUGGCCAUGUUGUUAGUGCGGAUCAAUGCACUAGUUUUGGCUUGGGUUUUGGAGAAACUAAGAGUGUUCCAGCGGAUGGUCUUAAUAUUGAUAUAAGUACUCCUGUUAUGGAGCUUUUGAGACGUUCGUUCACGAACUUGAUAUAUGCUUGUGCAGAAUUAAGAAAUGGUGGCCUGGCUGAGCAGUUAGUCCUACAGAUGCAAAAAUUGGGGUUUCAAAUAAAUAGCCAUGUGUAUGAUGGCUUAAUCAGAGCAAUUGUUCCAGAAAGAGGUUUCAGCAGUGGGAUGGAAAUUUUGAAAAGUAUGCAGCAGAGAAAUUUGAAGCCAUAUGAUCGCACUCUUGCAACCCUUUCAAUAGGUUGUAGCAAGGCAUUAGAAUUGGGUUUAGCUGAGACUCUGCUGGAUCAAAUAUCUGUGUAUUCACAUCCACAUGCUUUUAAUGCUUUUCUUGCAGCAUGUGACAUUAGGGAUCAACCUGAAAAUGCCGUGCGGAUGCUAGCUAAAAUGAAACAUCUACAAGUCACGCCAAAUAUAUGGACAUAUGAGCAGCUGUUUUCCUUAUUUGGUAACGUGAAUGCCCCAUAUGAAGAGGGCAACAUGUUGUCACAGGUAGAUGCUGCUAAACGGAUUAAAGCUAUAGAAAUGGAUAUGGCGAACUAUGGCAUUCAGCACAGUUUUGUGUCAAUGAAUAACUUGCUGAAAGCCCUUGGAGCAGAAGGGAUGACGAGAGAGCUGAUCCAUUAUUUACAUGUGGCGGAGAAUCUUUUUUGUCGUAAUCACAUUUAUCUGGGAACACCUAUCUAUAAUACGGUGUUGCAUUCACUUGUUGAGAGUGAGGAAAGCCAAGUGGCAAUUAAGAUGUUUAAAAACAUGAAGUCAUGUGGUGUCCCGGCAGAUGCUGCAACUUAUACUAUAAUGAUUAAGUGUUGUAAAAUUCUCAGAUGUUAUAGAUCUGCUUGUGCAUUGGUUUCUAUGAUGUUGCGAGAUGGCUUUUACCCUCUAACAAUAACUUACACUGCUCUCAUAAAGACUUUGUUGGGAGAUGAUAUCAUUGAUGAAGCACUGAAUCUUUUGGAUCAAGCCAGCUCAGAAGGGAAUAAACUUGAUACUUUAGUUUUCAAUACCAUUCUUCGAAAAGCCUGUGAAAAGGAACUGAUUGAUGUAGUUGAGUUUCUUGUUGAGUGGAUGCACCAAGACAAAAUCCGGCCUGAUUCGGGGACGUGCUCUUCUGUUUUCACUGCAUAUACGAACUGUGGUUUUUACAGCACAGCCAUGGAAGCAUUGCAGGUUUUGAGUAUGCGUAUAAUAUGUGACGAAGAUGGAAGCUGGUCAGAAAAGACAAAAUUUGAGGACGACUAUAUCUUUGCUGAAGACAAGGGAGCUGAAUCCCGUAUAAUCCAGCAUUUUAAAGAUUCUAAAGAGGACUUGGCUGUUGCCCUACUGAAUUUAAGAUGGUGUGCGGUGCUUGGCUUCCCAAUUUCUUGGUUGCCUGAUCAAAGCCCGUGGGCAAAAAGACUCUCAACUAACUAUACUGCCAGGAUAGGAGCUACCUAAUAGGGGGAACACUGAUUGUUGCAUGGCAAGGGUGAUCCAUUGUUGUUAUACAAUCAGAAAAAGCUCCUCGACCUAUCAGCCCUUGAUGAGGCCACACUGCAACUAACCAAUUUUAGAUAAAUACUUGAAUAGCACUAACCAGGAAGGUCUAAAGUCAAACAAUACAAAAUCACUGAUUUCUUAGAUUUGUUUUUAGGCUACACUUUGAGAAAACUAGGUGAACACAUUUAGGCAAUUUUUGGUUGUACAGAAUUCUUGGCCCGGUAGGGAUAAUGGGAUUUACCGUUGUAUUUGUUAGCAGUAGGUUUCUUGUAAAAAGAUAUUGUGUGCAUUAUGAGAUGGAUGCAUGCUUUGGUGUUCAAUCAAACCAUGGGACUAUGGGACUACUGCUAUUUUUCCGGUCAUUUUACUUCUGUUAGGGGGACUU